GUUAGUACCAGCCUUAACAAGUAUUUCUGAAAGCUCUCCGGAGAUGCCAAGGCACAUGCACGAGGAUAUUAGCAAGGUUUACGUAAGAACAAAGUUCACCCAACAAGGAGCUGCCCUGGAGCUGCCCCUCCAUAACCACCACGGGCGAGCCAGGAAAGCUAAAGGUAGGGAUGGCGGUGUCAGCUAACCUGAACAACCCAACAACAAUCUUCAACAACCGACCUCAAGGCUAUAUGAAGCCUCAGCCUAUUUGCUUUUCCCUACCUUGAACACGAUAUAUGACAUGAUCUAGAAUGAGCCAUGCCUCUCCACCUACUCGGCAAGAAAUCGUGGAAUGUUUACAAUCCCGCCAACAUCGCGCGCGUGAAGCGCGACGAGGCCGAAGCGGAGGCCCGCGCUGAAGCCGAACAAAAGCGACAGCAAGAAUUCGAAGCAGAGCGACGACUUGCGAUCUUACGUGGCGAAGCCCCGCCCUCACCACCACCACCCGCAUCGACAACAGAGCCAUCCUCCGGGUCUAAGACGCACCGGAAGCACAGCCAGGACGAUGAUUCUGCAGGGCGGGUUAGGGGAGAGCGCAGGAAGCGCAAGCGCUUUGGAGAAGACGACACGGAUUUCGAGAUGCGCGUGGCGAGGGAACGCACGGAUGCCGCUGCCACGAACACUAUCGCCCGACUGAGCACCUCCACCAAGAAGAGCAACGCCCCGAUUGUAGAUUCUAGAGGCCACAUAUCACUUUUCCCUGAAGAGGAUACCCGAGGAGAGCGCCCGGCAAACCAGAAGAACGAGGAGGCAGAGCGCGAGGCGGCAAAGAAGCGUCAAGAUUUCGAGGACCAAUACACGAUGCGAUUUUCGAACGCGGCUGGGCGGGAUGGCGUCGGCGUUACUAGCUCUGGACCUUGGUACACGUCUAAAGACGCUCCCGAAGUGCGUGAGUUGGCAGAGGCCGGGAAACCGGGCAAAGAUGUCUGGGGCAACGAGGACCUGAAGCGUAAGGCGCGAGACGCCGCGAGGGUAGUUGCCAACGAUCCUCUGGCGAUGAUGAAGAAGGGUGCGGCCAAAGUCCGUGAUGUAGAGCGGGAAAGGCGAGCCGUGAACGAGGAUAAGGCUAAGGAGCUUAAGCAGCUACGCAGAGAGGAGAAGCGGCACGAGAAGAGACGGAGAAAUCGGGACGUCGAUGAUCUUGAGGGCUUCAGCCUUGACGCGCAAGCUGUAGAUGAUGAUGAUAGGAAACGGGGGCGUGGGCACCGUGAACAUCGAUCAAGAUCACGGGAUCGCGAUGAACGGGAUAGGCACCGACAUCGCCGCAGAUCAGAUCAUGACGACUACCGCGAACGCCCCCACCAACAUGAGGAUGAUCGUCAUAGAAGUCAUUCUAGAAGGACCCGCGAUGAUGAGGAGAGGCAGUCAAAAGGACACGGGCGACGACACUUGGCCAAAACGGAUCAUUAUUAGAUUUGUAUGACUUUGCAGCACGGUGUUAGGCGAACAGAGCAUUAUAUACCCCUGGAGAAUUCCCAAAAGGCAAUGGAAGAUGAAUUAUUAAGGGAUGUUGUAUCUAU